UUCAAGAUGAGUAUCUAGAAUAUAUAAAGAUCUUGAGUUCUUGACUGUUCUCUUUGCAUAGCGGAUAAAUACUGUAUGAGAUAAAUCAGUAAUAAGCAGUUUUAUUGAAAGUUAAUGAGAUCACUUCAGUUUCAGAACCGAAGUUUUAUGUACUUUAUAACUGUUUUAAUAGUAUUAUUAAUCGCAUUGUUUUAUCCAUAUUUAAAUAACUUGCUAACAAAUCGUUUUGUUACACCUAUAAGUGUAUCUUUAUUUAGAAGAUCAUCCAACUCAACAACUGGGCUUUCAGCAAGAAGCUUUUCAGGAAAGGGUUUUUCAAUUUUCAACAAUUUAUUCAAUCUGUCUUCAAACUCAAAUAGUCUCAAUAAUACCGAUAAGAGCAAUAUAAAUAGUAACAGUAACAGUAACAGUAAUAGUAAUAGUAAUAGUAAUAGUAAUAGUAAUAGUAAUAGUAAUAGUAAUAGUGAUAAAAUGGUCAGUUCUAAUAUUAAUCCAAUUGUUUAUGGUGACGAUGAGCACUUUAUCAAUAAUCCAACACCAGUCUAUUUUCUCAGUCAUGGUGGUCCAACUUUUAUGUAUGAAAAGACUGAAUUUGGUGGAGACGUUGGUGCAUGGAGAGAAACCAAAAAGAUCGGUAAAAAUAUAAUUAAUAAGAUUAAACCAAAAUUCAUUGUUUCAAUAUCUGCUCAUUGGGAAUCAAAUUCCAAUAAAACUUUUGAAAUUGGUAUUCCCGAUAUUAAUUCAGAAUUUUUUUCAUCGUCAAGAGAUUCAAAUUCCUUUGGGUCAGGCUCAAGAUUAUUUUCAUCAAAAUCAAAAUCAAACUUCAACGGUGAUGAUAACAGAAAAUUAUCAAAUGACGAACUACCUUUAAUUUAUGAUUUUUAUGGAUUCCCAAAUCAUAUGUAUUUAGAAAAAUUCCAUUCGAAGGGUUCAAUUGAAUUGGCUGAACAAAUCAAAUCUUUAUUCCAAGAAAAUAACUUGAAUGUCUCGUUGGUUAAAAGAGGAAUUGACCAUGGUGUUUGGGUUCCUUUUAAAGUUGCAUUUUCAGAAAAUAAACCAAAAGACCAGGUUUGGGAUUUGGAAAUGCCUUUGAUUCAAAUUUCAUUAUUAAGUUGUACCCCCAACAGUUUUAAAGAUCAUUAUAAAAUGGGCAAAGUUUUAUCCAAAUUACGAAAAAAAGGUGGAUUAAUCAUUUGCUCAGGAAUGUCAGUUCACAACCUAAGAGAGAUGGGUAUGGCUCAAUAUUAUGGAAGAGAAUAUAUGAAAUAUACUCCAGCUUUCAAUAGUUUAUUGACAAAAUUAUUAACCGAAAAUAAAGAGGGAAGAGAAAGAUUGAAUGCAUUUGAAAAUAUUCUUCAUGACCAAAAAUCAAGAAAUCUAUUGUUUUCUUCUCAUCCCACGUUGGAACACUUUAUGCCCAUUAUAGUUGCUGCUGGUGCUGCUGGAAAUGAUCCAGUAAAGGAAAGAUACACCAAAUCUGUUGAUAGUUUGGGAUGGAAUAUCUAUGAGUUCAAUUCACCUCGUAGCGACGCUCAAUUAUAAUAUAAGCUGACUCAAGUAUUUACAUAGAUUGCAUAACUAAUACACAUUUUUCACUUCUUUUCAGCUCU